AUGGACAACUUUAUCAGUACCGAUAUGCAAGAUCUGGUGAAGGCGUCGCACAGCUUGGAGGAUGCCAUCGCUCUCGUGGCAUUCACUCCUGAAGACUUGGGUGCAUACAUGCUUACAUCGGAUGAUCUGGACCGUUCGGUUGAUAUCCCAUUGGAAUCACUGUUUCCCUUCCUAGAAUUUCCUGCAGAGUCUUCCUGUCCGAGCAGACCGUCAUAUUUGUCGUCCAACAACUACUCUUCGCCUUUGAGCAGCGACGAGGAGGCGAUGCCCGAAGUCAACUCACAAAUCCCUGAAGACGAACAAGUUUCUCUCCCGUUCAUCUCGAAUCUUCCCAAGGAUUUCUUGAGCGGCGUUCAAGGAGGAGGAAUAAAGAAACAAAUCAAGCAAGCAUGCGUUGCUUGCAGGAAGAAGAAGCAAAGAUACGAGUGGAGGCGAAGGGGCCGGAGACCCCGCAAGCUGACAAUGGCAAACGAAUCGGAGUGA